AUGGCUGCGUUCCAUCCAUUGUCGUCAGGCGCGACGCCCGGCGACGGCAUGAGCCUCAAUAGCGCCGUGGUCGACGGUAUAGACUCUUCCAUUUUUGACGAUUCACUGCUAGAUACCGUCAAUGGCACUUUUCCUACGUUACCGUUCACCCCCACCUACGGCUUCGAAGACUUCUCCGCAACAGGCUUCGAAGACCCCUUUGCAUACUCAAAUCGCCAGUACGAAGCACCCCCCGCCCCCGAGGAUUUCAACCAGGACUCGCCCACGCAGGAGCUGGACAACAAAUUGCUCGGCUUUUCGACCCCGACAUUGAAGGCGACGCUCUUGGACGGUACGGGCCAACAUGUAGAACCCAGCAUGACGGCCGAGCUGUACGGCAUGUUCUUCGUCGCCGAGGACGUCUUUGGCGCCGAGAACAGCGGCAGGCCCCUCGAGCUGACGUGCUACCGGCGAAACCUGUGGCAGUGCUCUGGCCAGGUAACCAUACCGCGACACAUUACCCACGUGGUGGACGAGCAGGGCCGCCAGAUGCCCAUAUUUGAGCUGUCCGCCUCCAUAACCGCCAUCGAGUCCAUCGAGGGCAAGGUCACAGAAAUCAUAUCAAUACCUUGGAAGAGCGCGCAUCCUAUAGGCGCCGAGGAACCCAAAUCCAACGGCGGACCGCCCAAUAUCGUCUUGGACCUGGCCAACGGGCAAGAGGUGGACGCCAACAGGGUUUCCCUGCCGUUAUCAUGGAAAAGGCUACAGUUCAAGCAUGCAACAGCGAACAACGGAAGGAGGAAGGGUCUCCAGCAACAUUACAUUGUGGAAAUCAGCUUGGUCGGCAAGCUGCAGUCGGGCGAAUACAUCAAGAUUGCCGAAACCCACUCCGGCCCCGUUAUCGUCAGAGGCCGCAGCCCGAGGAAUUUCGACAGCCGGAAGGAUAUUCCCCUGACGGGUGGAGAUAAGAAGGUUGGUGGGAGGAGCAACAGCGACGCUGCUGCUGCGACGCCCCAGAAGGAAAAUGGCAGCAACAGUGGCAUUCCCACGCCUGUACCCAAAUAUCAGACUGUUGGAAACGUCCAGCAACCAGCAGACUGGGCGCCACCACAACUAUAUCGUGAGUCGAGCGGGGGCCAACCGCCAGCGAAGAAGCUCGCCAUGUCACCGGGUAUCAACAGACCACCCAUACCGGCAUGGUCCACGGAACCCUCGAGAAGCCUGGGCAGGGCAUCGGCAUCCAUGUCGGCUCCGCGCGGUGCCAUUUCCGGCCCGAUCAAUCUAUCACUUUCAGAAGACGAGAGGAGUCCGAAUAGAUCGAAUUCGGACGUGCAGAGUCCGCAGUUCACCAAGUCGACGGCGGCUGCGGGGCAUAACCCGAGCCAGAGUCCCAAAGAAGAGGACGACCUACUCUACGAAUACUUUCCGCUUAGCGUCGACGACUGGAUGCCGCCAGUCGAGGCAAUUUACCGCCCCCACGUAGUCCACCACACCAUUGUACCGCCGGAAAUCAAGGCACAGCAACUCCGGAGCAAGGCAAAGAGAUAUUUCACCGCCGAAUCGUAG